UUACCAUUUCUAUUUAUUCCAUAAAAACCUCAGGUUAUUAAAUAAGCAAACCAACCAUGUCUAAGGAAAAGGAAGCUUGUGAAAUAUUGGCCGAGGCUGAAAAACUUUCAAAAUCGGGGACGGGAUUUUUCUCGCAAUUAUUCGGAGGUUCAAUGAAGCUUGAAGAUGCUUGCGACAAAUAUGUGAAGGCUGGGAACUUAUUUAAGAUGGGGAAGAAAUGGAGUGAAGCAGGAGCUGCGUUCCGCAAGUCGGCCGACAUCCGUGAAAAACUCGCGAACAAACAUGAGUCAGCGUCGAACCUCGUUGACGCGGCAGGUUGUUACAAAAAGUCCGAGCCGGAGCAAGCGAUCACUUGCUUAGCAAGAGCAAUAGACAUCUUCACUGACAUGGGUCGUUUCACCAUCGCUGCCAAACAUCAUAUGUCGAUCGCCGAACUUUACGAGGCUGAUGCUUUGAACAUUGAGAAAGCAAUCGCCCAUUAUGAAAAGGCCGCUGAUUACUAUGAUGGCGAAGACUCGAAGAGCAGUGCCAACAAAUGUUGGUUAAAAGUUGCUGCUUACGCUGCUCAGUUGCAACAAUAUACCAAAGCCAUCGAACUUUAUGAGAGGGUCGCUCUCACCUCUAUAGAAAGCCCAUUGUUGAAAUAUGCAGCCAAGGAAUAUAUGUUUAAAGCUACAUUAUGUCAGUUCUGUUUGGGAUGCAGUGGUGUAGACGCAAGACAAGCAAUAGAGAAGUAUGAGGAAUGGAUGCCAGCCUUCGAGGAUAGCAGGGAAUGCAAGUUGGUUAAGAAGUUGAUUGAAGCUUACGAGAACAACUCAGCUGAUGGAUUCGCUGAAGCUAUUGCUGAAUAUGAUAAAGUAACAAGGAUAGAUGAAUGGCUGACGACAAUUCUGCUGCGAAUCAAGAAGACAAUCGCAGGGGGGGACGAAGAUAUUGAUAAUAUGUGAUUUCUAUUAUUUACUGCACUAAUUUAUGAUCCGCAGAAAUGGCUGUGGGGUUUAUGGAUUGUCUGUUUCACCCCACGCCUAAUGUUGUUAAUUAUAAAUCUAAUAUUAUAAAAUAUAAAGUUAGCAAAUACUUCAUUUAUUACACUAAUUCGGACAAUUAAUGUGAAAUAACAGAGAAAUUAUUGAGACAUUAUUUUCGAAUUUCGGGUGUAAACAUAUUUGCAAAUAUUAAACGACUGAAUUUCCAUUUUUGAAGAGCAAUAGUGUAGGAUAAAAAACCUGUUAUUUAAUUAACUUUUGAUGUUCCUGAUGUCAAUGUUGUAUCUUUAUCUGUUUGUAAUUAGCGUUGUUUGUAAAUUAAGACUUUCUGGCUUUUUUUUUCUUAAAGCCAGCAUAUUUCAUUAUGUAUUCUAAUAGUUCUUGUAGCUUGGGUGGUCAUAUUGAUUGAAUGUGUUCAACCAUAUAUAAAUAUUAAUUAAUUCUAUUAAUAUUACACCAUAUUUGGUUAUGGCAACUAUAAAGAUUUGGUGAAAUGAUUGAUUCUGUGUAUUUUUGCAUUAUUCCAUCUGCAUUUCAAAUUGCUUGAACAAUAUUUACAAGGAUUUAUUUUUGUAGCAAGAUUUAACUUGAUUUUCAGUGUUUCCUGAAAUCGAAAAAUAACUGAAACAAGACUUGUAUCCAUCUGUGAUUUAAAUUGCAUCAAUUUUUGGCAAGAUUUGUGAACACUGAUAAAGCAGCAACAUUUUGCAGCUUUGAGUUUAGACGAAAAUGCUAAUUUUGCUUCAACCUAAUUUUGACCAUGUUAUAUAUAUUUAUGUAGUACCCUGAUGUUAUGUGUUGCGUUACACGUGCAAUGUAUACCAGACACAAUAUUUGUGUAAAUUGUGUUUGGUGGGAAUUGUUUUAUUAAUAUACAAUGACAUAAUUUGUUUAUUACAAGGAAACGCAAAAGGUG